GGAGAACUAAUAAACAUUUCAUUUAGGUGACCUACAAAUUUCGUUUUAUGCUGAAACAGCUUUCCCAAAGCUAAUAAAAAAGUUUCCAAUAAUUAAUACCAAGAGUAUUUACCUUUUCCUGUCCCCCCCAAGGAUGUUACCUAAAUACCUUUAAAAUAGGAAGACUUGGGGAGUCACCAUGUAAUUGCUAAGUGACUCUUUAUUCUGAAUAAGGAUAAUUACGUAGUCUGCAUAUUAAAAAUGCCACCUUUGAGGGGAGGAGCGUCGGGAAAGAGAACACUGGCACGGAAAGAUCCCUAAAUGACGAGUGUGGGUAGCCGUCGUGGAUCCAGCUGACGAAACGCAGAGCCUUUCCUGCCGUUUCUGUAGGAGGAAGCUGGGGUUAACGUCAGGGCAUGUUCCGUGUCAUUCUCUUUCAUUCCUAGGUUUGGAAUUUUUUUUCUUUUUUCUUUUUUUUUUUUUUCAGUUACUGUUGGGCGGUUUGGUUUUUAGUGCCAUUCACUAGAGGCUUUCACUGAUGCUCCAACGCCACGACUGCUAUUUAUUUCCUCCAACCUCUGAAGACCGACGCUGGACGGGAGAAUUUCAGCGUCUUUUUCCACAAAUAAAAACAGAACCCUCCCGCUUUCCUCCAAGUACGCGCAAGAAAGGGGAGAAAAAGGGAAGAAAAGUAAACGCAACGGGCUCUUCCGGAAUCUCCAGGACAGAUUUUUCCUCCCACGUUCGACCUUCGAGUACCUCAGUUAUUCUCCCCAGAGCCCAUUUCGCCGCGGCCCCUCGCCUCCUUCGCCCGCUUCCCCCAGGCCUGACCUCUCAUGACGAUGAGCGCACCGAGUCCCGGGCAGCGACUGCAGAAACAGCGGGAGAUGCCGUCUCGAGGCCUUCAGUCAAGGCCAUCACCUUCAGAACCACCGCCAACAACUCCCGCCCAGCUCGGCGGCAGCGGCGGCGGCGCGCGCGCUCCCGGACGUCCUCACGCGCGCGCGCCCCGGCCCCGCGCGACGCGCCGAGGGACUGGCAGCGACGACGGGGCGGGGCAGAGGCCGUCUGGGGGUGUUGGCUGUGAAGAGGCGGCUGUGGCCGAGAAGCGAUCGCAGGCGUCUGCGUUAAACAAUAAGCGAAUUUCAGAAGCCUGGGAAGUCCAAGAUCAAGGUGUCAGCAGAUUUGGUGUCUGGAACGCUGUGGACCUGAGGACUGCCCAUGGGGAUUUACUGAUCAGAUUCAUGAUCCAAUCGAGUUUCUUUCCAUCAAUGACACUCAGAUAAACCUGCCUCUAAGAAGUCAGUGAAGACAGCACUGAAAUACUUUUCCAGAGAACUUUGUCAAGUCUCACCCCCACUCCUAAUCAUACAGUGACUUAUCACCAGCAAGAGUACAGACCAGGCUCACUACAGAUGCAUUCUCACCAGGGUGAGAGGACUAUAAUGG